AUGGUGUCGGAGUACAUAUCGCAGAAGGUCUUGAUGUAUGAGCCUACCCAGGAGGAAAUUAAAUUCCGCCACAAAAAUCAGCACAAAAGUUUAAGGUACAUUUUUUGUGGCAAAGAAUUGGACGAGUUCGAAAAGGAGAAAAUACGAGAGCUAAAGGAUCAUGUAAAUAAUUUAAAAAAAAAAGAUGGACAGGGGGGAGAAACCUACGAAUCCAUAUUCAAGAAUACCAUGUUUGAGGAUGACAAUUAUGUGCUCCGCUUCCUGCAGGGGAACGAAUUCAACACUGAAAAAUGCUACCUCGACAUGUUAAGGCACUUGGAAUGGCGACGUGAGAAUCUUCCCGUGAAGUACGAAGACGUGCAGGAUAUGUUGAAAAAGGGAUACAUUUACGUGCACGGGCGGGACAAACAAAUGCACCCCAUAAUUAUCAUAAACUGUAAAAACUUCAUCACUGCGGAUACGAAGGACGUUUUGAAGGUGGCCUACUACUGGAUGGAAUUCAUCAUAUCUGACCUAUUCAUCGAAGGAAAAAUAGAGCAGUGGAGAGUCAUAAUUGAUUUAUCUUCCUGUGGCGUGUUGAAUAUCCCCAUUGCGACGUUAAAGGAUAUUUCCAAGUGCCUCAGCUGUAAUUACCGGUCGAGGCUAUCCAAGAUGCUAGUCCUGAGCGCCCCUCUUUUUGUAACGGGCAUGUGGCAUAUGCUCAAGGGAAUCAUCCCGGUCGUAACGCAGCAGAAGAUAACAAUCUCCUCAGCGGAAAUAGAUAAACGACUCCUAGAGCAAGUGGACCUGGACCAAUUAGAGAAAAAAUUCGGAGGAACCUGCGAAAAUGCAACCGUCUUCACCAAACCAAUCAUGCCAUAA